AUGGAUUUACCAGAACUCUCGCCGAGGAUGUUUACAUUAGGAGAAGAGCCCGAUGCAAUCAGGAGCAUUUCGUAUCAUUCUGAUGACACGAAGUUGUUUAAAGCUCUAUGUGAUUGUCUCACAGCUGACGAAUAUGAGGAUCUGAAGGCGUCGAAGUUAGGAGUGUUCAUCAAAUUCAAGGAGCUUGACUUUGGUUGGACUUCAAGGCUGGUACAUUUUUUGCUCUAUUUCCAGCUGGACAUCAAGAAGAAGUUUGAGCUCUGGAGUCUUGUCGUUUCACAACCUAUGAGGUUUUCACUGAUAGAGUUUGAACACCUCACUGGGCUGAACUGCGAUUACAUCAAGGACGUGGAAAAUCCAAGGUGUGAGGUUACGUCGGAGAUGGCUGCUUUCUGGGAGAAGAUGCGUGUUGAUAUCGAUACUGGGCCAAGUAUUGAACAGAUAACAGAAGCAUUUUACAACUGCGACGAGUGGUCUCCGGAUGAUCGCAUGCGGCUGGGAUCCCUUGCCAUCUACGCAGGAUACAUUGAAGGGAAAAAUUUCUCAUCCGCUACAUUAGCUAGUCUUGCAAGGCUAGUGCUGAUGGAUUCUCUGAAGGCAAAAGACUUGACGCAAACUGGUUACACUGUUGAUGGGUUCAUACAAGUGCUCCAAGUGUGGGCGUACUAUGCUAUGCCAGAAUUGGGUGCUAAUUAUGGGUCUCCCAUACCAAACAGACCGUCUCCACUGUUGCUGGCUUACAGGGGUGGCAAAAGACAACGCAAAUGUUUUAAGGCUGCUAUCAAUAAACAGACUAUCGUGAAGAACUUCGUUCAGAAGGAUUUUGAUGAAAUGUUUCCAAAAUGGGACGGAGACGUAGAUGACCCUGCCGCGGAUAACAUAAUUAAAGUCAUGUUUAAUGAUCCUGGAUGGGAGUGGACCAUGGAAUGCUGGCCAGUCACCGGUACUCGCAAGAUUGUGAAGAUGGAAGUGAGUCCAGUGAAUAAUGAAGUGAGUCCCGUGAAGUCAGAGAGUGUUGUGAAGGAAGAAAGUAGCAGACCUCGGAAGAAAGCUCGUAAAGGGUCUUCUGUUUCUGCUGAGACACCUGCGGCGGGUAGUGAACGGAUGACGCAUCAGCAGAUUGAAAAGUCCUUGAAGGACAUAUCUGAUGCCAUUAAUCUUGGCUUUGGCACGUGCCCUAAGGAGCUCAAGUUACUGGCGGAUAGGAUGGUAGCUGUGGAGAAUAAGGUGGGAAUCACCAACAGAGGGGGUUCAUCUGAUGAUCGUCAACUUACAACCACUUCAAAUCCACCAAAACCUGCUGACGAACCCGGGAGUGAAAGUGUGAAUGGGGCGAAAGCAGGACGGAAGGAAGCCAAAGAACCGAGUCUUACUACAGAACCGGGUUCCUCGAGAGAGCUCUGUCUUGUGAGUCCUGCAGCCGACUUACCGAGUGAUGAUCCUAGCCUUCUUAUAUUGGACAAACAAGUUCCCAUCGCUUCAGAUUUACUCGUUGAAUAA